AUGAAUGUGCCCGCAAACGGCUUGUACUUUGUCAGCUAUGAGAUCCUAACGAACGAAUACAAACGUCGCUUUAAUCGCCCCAAUGUGGAUCUGAUUCCGGCUAUUAUUGCUGGCGGAUUAGCUGGCAUAUUCUACUGGAUUGGAGGAAUGCCCGCCGAUGUGCUCAAGAGUCGACUGCAAUCUGCGCCUGAGGGUAAAUUUAAUAAUAUAAGAGCCGUUUUCAAGGAUCUAUUGAAAAAUGAUGGAAUGACUGCCUUAUAUCGGGGCUUCACACCUGUCAUACUGCGCGCCUUUCCAGCCAAUGCAGCAACCUUCUUCGGCAUUGAGCUGGCCAAUGCUGUUUUUCGUCAAUUGGCGCCCGACUUUUAGAACUUAUAAAAUUCAGAUUAUGCAAAGACAAUUAUAGCAAACAAAAUCUACAAAUAAA